AUGGCGCUGCGCUUUGACGGCAAGGUGGCCAUUGUCACAGGCGCUGGCAACGGUCUCGGCAAGGAAUAUGCGCUUCUUCUCGGGCACCGAGGAGCAAAGGUUGUGGUCAACGACCUGGGUGGCACAACAACUGGUACGGGGAGUUCGAGUUCUGCAGCGGAUGCGGUCGUAGCUGAGAUCAAGCAAGCAGGUGGAGAGGCUGUUGCCAGCUAUGAUUCUGUUGUGGACGGGGACAAGAUAGUCCAAUUGGCCGUGGACACGUAUGGUCGGGUAGACAUCGUCAUCAACAAUGCCGGGAUUCUUCGGGAUGUGUCCUUCAAGAGGAUGUCAGAGAAGGACUGGGACAUGGUGUACCAGGUCCACCUCAGGGGUGCCUUCAAGGUCACCCGCGCUGCGUGGCCUCACAUGGAGAAGAACUCUUAUGGCCGCGUGGUGAACGUGUCAAGCCCUGUAGGGCUGUAUGGCAACUAUGGUCAAGCCAACUACACGGCCAUGAAGAGGGCCGUCGUGGGCUUCACCCUGUCGCUGGCUGCAGAAGGUGCUAAGAAGCAGAUCAAAGUGAACGUGGUAGCACCGUACGCAGCCUCCAGAAUGUCGCAGACCGUGAUGUCUCCCGAAAUGCUGCAGGCUUUGCCUGCUUCGUCUGCCGCCAAAUUCAUAGCCUUCCUGUGCCACGAGGACUGCCCGGAGUCAGGCGGCUUGUACGAGCUCGGCGGAAACUGGAUCUCCAAGGUAAGGCUCCAACGCUCGAGGGGUGUUCAGCUCAAAGGGGAUUUCACGAUGGAGGACAUCGCGCAGAACUUCGAGCAGAUCUGUGACUUCAGCGAAGGCUCCGAGUUUCCAACCGAGGGCUUCUCUGGGAUGCAGCAUGCGAUGGCCUGGCGGAAGACCGAUGCGCCGGCAAAAGGAGAUCCGACAUCCAAGCUCUGUUCUGCUGCGUUUUCAGCUUGGAGGCCACAGCGCCACAACAUGCCACAGCCAGAAGAUGCCAGCGGAGCAACAGAAGCCAAGAAGCUUGAGAGUGAAGCCGCUGCUCGACUGCAGAGCCUGCAGACCCGGCAGAAGGACCAAGCUGCUCGUGCACAGUCCACCGAAGGCCGACUGCAGACGGAGCUGACUCAGGUAGGUGACCGCGAAAAGGGACGCCCAACACAAGACUCAUCAUUGCUCCCGUCCUUGGCCAUGAUCGUCCGGCCUGGGCAGCCGUCGAAAAUGUACUCGCUGUCCAUGGCAAGCGGCGGCUUGGGUGCCUCUCUGGGCUCUUCGAAAUUGAGGGAGGCCAGGGAAGCCAAGGCAAAGGCCAAGGCGAGGCCCGGCCCGGGCACGAAUGGAUCGGGCCGGGCAAGGCGGGAGUCGCCCUUGGCUGCUGCAGCGAGGCGUGCACGGGAGGCCAUGGCCGUCUCGGCCGUUCCCGCUUCCGUUCCGGCCUCCAAAAACGAACGUCGCAGUCAGAGGCCGAGAUCCUCAAGCGGCCAGGGCCUGGCCCUCAAGCUGCGGAAGCCGCAACUCGGGGCAGAGCCGCCGCCUCCAACGCCUUGCACGCCAGAAAGCCCACUGCGCUCCGAGACGCAGCCCGGGUUUACCUAUGCAGCCCGGUCGCUGAUCCGGUCGCACGGGAGCCCGGACAGGGACUUGGACAAACAUCCUUCCCGCAGACCACCCGGCAGCUGUUCGCCGGAAAGCCCCGACUGGAAGAAUGGCAGGAGAAGGCCAUCCCAUGCAUUCGAGGAUCACGAUCCCAACGCGGACUUUGCGAAUUCUUCAGUCGGCUCGGCUCCGAUCGAUGUCUCCUGGGAGGACAUGGCCGCGAAAUCUGCAGAAAGGGCCGAAAUUUUAGAGGCGGCGGCGGUGCUGCGCCGCGAGGCGCAGGAUCUGGGCCAAGCGUUACGGGCCUGGGUUGGCGUGGAGGCAGAGCCGGAACGGAGUGCUCCGGAAGAGCUGCCUUCCUCGCUUUUUGCACCUCUGGCUUCCGAGCCGGAAGAUAUCGAGCUGGAGCCGCGUAAGGCACCGGUGGGCGCCGGGGCUGAUGCCGGUGCCGGCGAGGAGGGUGACGGGAUGAAGGAGGCCUUCGAGGCCAAGCCCCGGGAGCCCGAGUCGGAGCUGUUGCCAGAACCAGAGACGUUGCCCCGGCCAGAGUGUGAGCCCGGAGAGACCGAGGCAUUGGACGAGCGUGAGCGCCUCAUGCUGCAGCGCGAGCGGCUGGACAACGACCUGGAGAGAAUCGCAGGCGAGUGGCAUCGUGUGCUGGCCGAGAGACAGCAGGCGAUUGAGGCCCUGGCGGCGACGGAAUUCCCAGCUGUGGCACAGCUUUCACAGGCGCCAGUCCCGAUGCCAGUGCAUGGCAGAGCAACACUGGGUUCGCCUGUCCAAAUGACAAUGCCGACAAUGCACGCAGCUCCAUUGCCCGCGCGGGCGACGGUGCCACUGAGAGCACAGGAGGUCUAUGCGCACGUGCAGGCAUUGUCGCGCUCGCCAAGUCCGGUUGCGGCAUCUGCUGGCCACACCGGUGUGAAAGCUUUGAAAGGCGUCCGUGGCCCUCUGGCCCUCGACACCAUGGCUGUCAAUGGGCCUCGGCCCUGCCAGGGCCAUGCUGCUCGCAGGCAGCAUAGAGUCAUCUUGGCAGUCUUGGCGCUUUGCGGAGCUGCAGCCUGGUACGGCACUGCCCGGAGCUUCCUCGCUGCGAACGGGCGAGGACUGGGUCGCAGCGACCGCAGCGUCGUCGCGCGAAAGGCCGGCUACUCCUUCGGCCUCAGCUCGUCGGAGGAUCACAAGGGACUCCUGACAGCGCAGAAGGACAAUGCCUACCGAGUCUCGACGGAAGGCAGCUUUCUCUCCGGACACUACAACACGGUGUUGGGAGAUCAGGAGAUCCCUCAGUCCGGCCGCUCCUACUGGGAGGUCAAGAUCGUGACCAAACCUUCCGACGCAUGGGAGUUCAUAGGCGUCGCCGAACCAACAGCAGAUGUGACAAUGCCGCUUCACAAGAACAAGAAGGGCAAGGGAUGGUUUUGGGGCGGCGACUGGAGCGAAUCCUUCAUCUACACUUUCAUGGAAAUGAAGCCGGGCAUGAACGACAAGAAAAUGGCCCACCACAAACGUAUUUCAGACACAGCUUUGCGUGACUCUGUGCCCGCUCAUGGUGCUGGAAGCCUCCAGGUCUGCAAGGAAGGCAUGUCCUCACCGCUGCCGUCCAUCAGCCCUCGACCCAUCUACUCAGCAAGCUCUGCCGCAUCUGCAGCGAGCGGAUCGACUCGAAAGGCGGCCGAUCGUCUACCUGCGCUGGAUAGCAUGUCACAGAUGUCAGCUCGCAUCCAGGCGCUGUCCAAGCAGCAGGUGGAGCUGAAGCGGGAGAUCAAGGAGGCCAGAUCACUGGAAACGCCCCCACCGUCCGAGAGGGUCUCCGGGAAGGUGGGCCCGGCCUCCCGCGGCUCCCGCUCUCUGCCGAUCGAGCCGCGGAGCGGUAACCGGCGCAGCUGGGGUAAAGGAAUUGGGAAGGACAGCUCGAAGGGCAGCUCGCAGGGCAGCUCGCAGAAAGGAAAGCAGUGGAAGCCGACAGGUCGGGUGUCUGGAGACCCAGUGAGCUUGGGCGGCAGAGCCGACAGAGUGGCUCGGGCUGCGCGGCCGCCGCCGGCCACUGCCGUGAAAACGUACGACGAUCGCGGUAUCCCCAACUUCCGAUCGCGUCAUGAAGACAUGAAAGCCGAAUGGGCAGGGAAGUGGGGCGACGGCGGCGAGGAUUGGGGGGAAUGGGGCGAGUGGGAUGAGUGGGAUGAGGACGGAGACUGGGGCUGGGAUGAAGGUUGGGAUGACGGUUGGGGAGGUGGAUAUGGAUGGUGA